GGGGGCUCAGUCGCCGGGCUGCGGGCGGCGGGACGCACGGGGCCGGGGGCCGGGGGUGGCACCCGGCGGGCGCCAUGGAGCUGCUGUCCGCGCUGAGCCUGGGCGAGCUGGCCCUCAGCUUCUCACGGGUGCCCCUGUUCCCCGUCUUCGACCUCAGCUACUUCAUCGUCUCCAUCCUCUACCUCAAGUAUGAGCCAGGAGCAGUCGAGCUGUCUCGACGCCACCCCGUGGCAUCCUGGCUCUGCGCCAUGCUGCACUGUUUCGGGAGCUACAUCCUGGCCGACCUGCUGCUGGGGGAGCCUGUGACCGACUACUUCAGCAACAACUCCAGCGUCCUGCUGGCCUCUGCCGUCUGGUACCUGAUUUUCUUCUGCCCCAUGGACCUGUUCUACAAGUGCGUGUGCUUCCUGCCCGUGAAACUCAUCUUCGUGGCCAUGAAGGAGGUGGUGCGGGUCCGUAAGAUCGCGGUGGGCAUCCACCACGCUCACCACCACUACCACCACGGCUGGUUUGUCAUGAUCGCCACCGGCUGGGUCAAAGGUGCCGGCGUCGCCCUCUUGUCCAACUUCGAGCAGCUGCUCCGCGGGGUCUGGAAGCCUGAGACCAACGAGAUCAUGCACAUGUCCUUCCCCACCAAGGCCAGCCUGUACGGAGCCGUCCUGUUCACCCUGCAGCAGACCCGCUGGCUCCCGGUGUCCAAAGCCAGCCUCAUCUUCCUCUUCACCAUGUUUAUGGUGUCCUGCAAGGUAUUCCUCACAGCCACUCACUCGCACAGCUCCCCGUUUGAUGUCCUGGAGGACUACGUCUGCCCCGUGCUGUUUGGGGCGGCCUGGGAAGGUGACCAUCACCACGACAACCACGGAGUGGCCCAUGGCGGCGGGCCAGGCCCCCAGCACGCCCCGCUGCCCGCCAAGUCCAAGGAGGAGCUGAGUGAGGGUUCCAGAAAGAAGAAGACCAAGAAGGCAGAUUAGGGGGUGAACCGGGGACCCAUGGGCACAGGGAGUGGACCCAACCCCAGGACCCUCAGAACUGGGGCCUCCUGGGCUCAGAAUUUCCCUUCCCGGGCCUUGACUUCCCUGUCUCCACAGUGGGGACAUCAGCUCACCCUCCAGGGAUGACUUGAGAUUGAGUGAGAUACAGGGAUGAGGACUUUGGUAGGAAUGGAGGGUCCCCACCCCUGCCUGGACCCCAAAGACUCAGAGGGGCCCACACAAUAACAAUAGUGGCUCCAGCCAGAACCCUGGCGGUUUUAUUCUUCAUUCUGUUUCUUUUCCAAAAUUGCAUCUUGACCCCAAAAGACUUCGAAGCCAUUUUUGAGAGUCAUUUAUUGAUGGCUGCCAGGUGCCCAGGUCCCUUAGUGGCUGGAUGUCCUCCCGUGCCUGGAGCUCAUUCAGUCAUUCAACAAACAUCUAGACGCCUACUCUGGGCCCAGCCUUGUGCUGCUGCCGAGUGGGGUGAGCAAAGGGAAUGAUAGCCAGGGCCACAGGACAUGGGAGAGGGGUGGGUGGGGUGAGCUUGUUCAUUUAAGCAGAGUUUGGGCCCACCCAGAUUGGGGUCCCAGGUAUUGGGAAAGUGCCUUGUAGCAGUGAUGCCAGAAGUUGAGUGGGUCCUAAGGCUGUUAGCCCCCCAGUUUCAUCCUCUUGCAUGUCCAGCGAGGCUCAGCCAAUAAAUAAAUCUUUUGUGAAUGAGUGCUCGAGGCUUGUGUGG